AACCAAUCAAAGAAAAUGGCCACAGCCAUUCUCUCCACUGCAAAACCCUUCCUCCCUUCCUCUUCUGUUACUCUUCCUUCUUCACUGACAACAACACCGACAUUAAUUCAUGUCCAAAAAACAAGUACAAGGAGAGGAUUGACUUUUUGUCAGGCCCUGAGUGAAGAGCCGCAAUCACCUGCUCCAAUCCUCACCAAAAGAAGCCUGUCCAUCUGCUUUCUCACCAGCUUUGCCUUCUCAUUGGUUGGCAAAGAUUUCAGCAGUUCUAAUGCAGCAAUUCUGGAAGCUGAUGAUGACGAGGAACUGUUGGAGAAGGUUAAGAAGGACAGGAAGAAGAGGCUUGAAAGGCAAGGAGUUCUCAGCUCAUCAAAGAAAGAAACAGGAUAUCUGCAGGAACUGGUGUACAGGCUGAGCAAAGCAGGCCAAGCCAUUGAAAGUAACGAUUUGCCUGCAGCCAGUUCGGUUCUUGGGGGCAGCACUGACACAGAUUGGGUUCAGAAGGCGAAUAUCGCUUUGGAUAAGCUAAGUUCUAGCCCUGAAGAGAAGACUGAGGUGGAUACAUUCAACUCCUCACUAGCUUCAUUGAUAUUAUCUGUAACCCGGAACGAUGCGGAGUCCUCCAAGCUUGCUUUUGUGUCUUCUGCAAGUGCAAUUGAGAAAUGGACGACAUUAACCGGGCUCAUUGACCAGCUUAAGGGACUUUAACCAUACAGAAGACCACUCAUUUGAUCACUUCGUUUCGUUUUUUUCUGAGAGGAAGACUAUUAAUUCCAAUAUUUCUAUCAAUCAGUAUUACAAAAAGGAGUUCAACGGUCUUCAUUGAGUUCCGGCUACCGCAGUUUUCGCUAAAACUACGACUUCCGAUUUCAUUGUUCUUUGUACAUUGAAUUGAAAGAAUGAUACUUUUUUCAUGUA